AUGCGCAAAGCUGCUCUGUUGCUCUUCUGCAUUGCCAUUGGCAUCAAUGCUCAUCAAGAUGAGGAUAUCAUUUGUCCAUUCCAUCGGACCGACCGAUGGGAAAAUUGCGUACGAAGCCAAGACUUGAUCGAGGACUUUGAUAGAAACAUCGACCAGAUGAACCUCAGACCAGAUAUCCGCACCCUCAAUGCAACAACACAUCAAUUGGUAGAGGUGAGAUUCUAAAGAAUUCUAUAGAAAACAAAAAAUUUUUGAUGAUUUUUAGCAGCUCAUGUGUUGCUAUGAAGAUGAAUGCCUGAAAGAAUGCGGUCUUGAUGUCAACACACUUUUCCCAACUCCUGAAACCCUUACCAGAGCUCUCAAAAAUGCGAUUCCACUGUACCCUGCCUUUUUCUUGGUAAUUUGAAUGUUUUAAAUUACAAAAAUACAACUGAUUCUUUUAGGAAUAUGAUCCAGAAGAAGUUGCUGAUAUUUUGAAUGGAGUUGCCACAGAAAAAAUUGUGAUGAACUGGAAAGUCAAAUUCGCCCACUUGGUGCUCGUAGCACCUAAAGUUCUCAAACAACAACAAGCAAUGGGAAAACUUGUCGAUAGAGAAUUUUAA